AAACAAGUGAAGGUAGUUUGACUAAGCCACCCAAAUCUUCCCCUUUAAAUUCUCCCCUCAACUCUUCACUUCCUUGCUUGCCUCUUCCAUCCCCUUCUUUCACAGUUGCUCCCACAUAGGAUAGGCACAACGUACCAAUAGGAGACUCAACAUGCAUUUCUUAAGGAACCUCAUCAUCUUAUUCCUCAUCUGCAUAGCCAUUAAAAUCAACCUAUGCGUUCCCACCAUUCCUUCUUCACUGAAAACACUUCCCAUUGAUGGUCAUUUCGAUUUCAAACAAGUUCACCAUGCUGCAAAAGAUUUUGGCAAUAGAUAUAGUUUCCUUCCUUCGGCUGUUCUACACCCCAAGUCAGCUUCUGAUAUUGCCACCACGGUAAAGCAUAUUUGGGAGAUGGGUCCUGGUUCACACCUCACAGUUGCAGCUAGAGGGCAUGGUCACUCACUCCAGGGCCAGGCACAAGCCCACCGAGGCGUUGUGAUCAACAUGGAAUCGCUUCAAGGACCUAAAAUGAAGGUUCACACUGGGAACUUCCCUUAUGUGGAUGUCUCUGGCAGUGAGCUAUGGAUUAAUAUCCUGCAUGAAACCUUGAAACAUGGGUUGGCACCAAAAUCUUGGACGGACUACCUACAUUUAACAGUUGGCGGUACUCUUUCCAAUGCUGGGAUCAGUGGACAGGCAUUUCGGCAUGGACCACAGAUCAGUAAUGUUCGCCAACUGGAAGUUGUUACAGGGAAAGGAGAAGUGGUAAAUUGCUCAGAGAAGCAGAACAGUGAUCUGUUUUACAGCGUUCUCGGAGGACUCGGUCAGUUCGGCAUCAUAACACGGGCGAGAAUAUCACUGGAACCAGCACCUAAAAUGGUGAAAUGGAUUAGAGUGCUGUACACAGAUUUUGCCACAUUUGCCAAGGAUCAAGAGAUGUUAAUAUCUGGAGAAAGCACAUUCGACUAUAUUGAAGGAUUUGUGAUAAUAAACAGGACGGGACUCUUAAAUAACUGGAGAUCCUCCUUCAAUUCGAAUGACUCAGCGCAAACCAGUCAUUUCAAGUCAGAUGGAAGAACUCUCUUCUGUCUAGAAUUAGCAAAGUACUUCAACCCUGAAGAAAUGGCUAUAGUAAAUCAGGAAAUUAUGACUUCAUUGUCUCAGCUAAACCAUAUUCCAUCAACACUUUUUCAAUCACAAGUUCCAUACAUUGAGUUUUUAGACAGGGUUCACAUUUCCGAGAUCAAACUCCGGUCUAAAGGCUUGUGGGAAGUUCCACAUCCAUGGCUCAAUCUUCUCAUCCCCAGAAGUAACAUCCACAUUUUUGCUCAACAAGUGUUUGGCAAUAUCCUUACAAAUACAAGCAAUGGCCCCAUCCUUAUCUACCCGGUGAACAAAUCAAAAUGGGACAACAGAACUUCUGUGGUUUUACCAGAAGAAGAUGUUUUCUAUUUAGUGGCAUUCCUUUCAUCUGCAGCACCUUCUUCAACAGGAAGUGAUGGCUUAGAGCACAUCCUGAAUCAGAACAAAAGGAUUUUAGAAUUAUGUGAGAUAGAUGGUCUUGGGGUAAAGCAAUACCUGCCUCACUAUUCUACAAAUGGAGAAUGGAGAUCUCAUUUUGGCCCACAAUGGGAAGCUUUCGUCCACAGGAAAUCCACUUACGACCCCUUGGCAAUACUUGCUCCUGGCCAAAGAAUAUUUCAAAAAGCAGCCCCUCUCUCAUUAUAACAUCUAUGCUAUAACUAUUUUAUAUAAGAAACAAAAAAAGGUUUUGGCUAGAAUUGAAAUGCAUAUGCUGCUGCCAACUCAUACUACUUAGUGCUUCCCAAAUAUUAUUGACUAGAACUGUAAAUGGCAGUGGACAAAAAAAUCAAUGCCCUAAAGGGGAUGUAACAUGUAAAUACUAAAUUGCAAGAUAACUCUUAAUUAUUUUCUAUCCAAAGUAGAUUUCCUAAAA